ACGGCUCUCGGAAGGCCGCUGUACCGUUCUGGCCUCCGGAAGGGGUCCAUAUUUUGCGACAAUCUUCUCAAUCGUUCAUGUUCUCUACAUCUCUGAUCAUCAAUCUCGAACUAGAAAGAUGCUCCGCUCCGAGCCCACAUCUUCUACAGGAUUUACCCCUGCGCCUCCCGGCGAACGAACAACUUGGGAUGAGAUCAAUCCACCAGCCCCUGAACCAAAGUCAGAGCUGGCAAACUAUCGACUUUUAUCCCCCAAUGCCGCUGUACGAGUUUCGCCCCUCUGUUUGGGUGGAACAAUCUUUGGAGACCAGUGGACUGGAUGGCUAGGGAGUGCGAUGGGUUUUGAGGAGAGCUGCAAAUUGCUCGAUACUUACCACGAAGCGGGUGGAAAUUUCAUCGACUUGGCGAGCAACUAUCAAGAUGGACAGUCAGAGAUGAUCGUCGGAGAGUGGAUGGAGAAGAGAGGCAUCAGAGACGAAAUCGUCAUUGCAACCAAAUACUCCACCUUCUCCCUCAACAACAAAGAAAACUCAUUCUCGGGUGUUCCUAUCAACUACGCUGGUAACAGCAGGAAGAAUCUUCGCCUUACUGUCGAAGCAUCUCUGAAGAAGCUUCGAACGGAUUACAUUGAUCUUCUGUAUGUCCACUGGUGGGACUAUUCUGCAUCCAUUCCGGAGGUGAUGCUUUCAUUGAAUGACCUUGUAAAGAGCGGAAAGGUCCUGUAUCUUGGCAUAUCCGACACACCGGCUUGGAUCGUAGCUCAAGCAAACGAAUUUGCCAGGCAGAAUGCCCUCACUCCUUUUGCAAUCUAUCAAGGGAACUGGAAUGUGGGUAAACGCGAUAUGGAGAGAGAUAUCAUCCCUAUGUGCCGAGCCAACGGGAUGAGUGUCGCUGCAUGGGGCGUCCUGGGUCAGGGCAAGUUCAAAUCUCCAGACGAGUUGAAGGACCAAGCCUACUGGAGAGACGGUGUGCCCCCGACCGAGGCCGAGCUCGCGGUCUCGCACGUUCUCCAGGAAGUAGCGGACGAGCUUGGAGAAGGCAUCAGACCAGCAAAUGUGGCCAUGGCUUGGGCGAGACAUGUUGUAGCAGACAUCUUUCCCAUCGUUGGUAUCAGUAAACCCGAGUAUCUCCAAUCCAACAUCGAGGCUCUCAAGAUAGUCUUGACCGGAACCCAAAUUCAAAAGCUCAACAACGCUACACCAUUUGCUUGGGGCUUCCCAUUCGACCUGUUCGGACGAGAUCCGCAUUAUCUGCCGGGCGGCAAGCCUGAAAGCUAUGGUAUGAAGUCUGCCGGCCAUGUGAAAUUUACAAAAAUGCCUUGAGAUGAUGCGAUGACGCUCCCAUGCGUACGAGAAGAGAGUCCAGCGGUUAGUAGUGGUAGUACCGACCUGCAGAGCCUGCGUCGUAGAUGUGUCACGCACAAGUACGUGUGUGUUGUUACAUGCAAUGAGCGUUGGGC